AGCUCGCAGUCGUAUCAGCGUCUGCGUGAGUGCGUGUGUUGUGGUCACAGCGAUCUGCAAAUCUUGAUUCUUCCAAAUAUGAAAAAACAACGCACAGAGAAUUGAAAAUUCAUAAACACACUUUAUUAUUUUUACUUAUCAGAGUAUCAAUUCAAGAGAGAGAUAGAGAAAUAAUUUGAAGUUUUAAACCUUGUUCCCUCCUACCAACCAUGUCCUUGGAUCCCAAUUUCACAGCAGCCGCCACCGCCACCACCACCGCUACUGCCACCACCACCACCGCUGCACAAGCAAUACCUAUAUCACCACAAGUUCGCCCAAACCCGCAAUUAGCGAAACCUAACAAUAACCACAGCGACCAAUCUCAGAAUCAGCCUUUUCUCUAUCCAGUUUCUUCUUCUGGCCGCGGCUUCAUCCCGGGGAUUACGAAUCCCUUUGCCCGUGGUGGUGGCGUCGACGCGCGCCACGUGUCGCCUUCGCUAGCUUACGCUCGUGGCGUUCAUGCUCACCUUGAGUAUCUCAGCCACAUCACUAGGCAUCAGCAACUAGGUCCCACUAUUAAGGCUCUUCCUCUCUCACCUCAACAACAAAAGGCUACACCUCGGUCUGCUGUUACUGAUAGCAAUGGCUAUAAAGAUACAAGCACAAGGGAAAGAAGCAGAGAUGAUCAAUAUAUUGUGGUCAGAGAUAGAAAAGUCAGGAUAACAGAGGAUGCUUCCCUCUAUGCACUUUGUAGAUCAUGGCUGAGGAAUGGUGUACAUGAAGAAAACCAGCCACAACAAAAUGAUGUAAUGAGGGCACUUCCGAAACCAUUGCCUGCAUCUGCAGUGACUGGUUAUACGUCAAACAAGAAAGAAGAAAAAGACAAUGAUGAACACGAAGAGAAGGAGGAGUCUGUUGAGCAUCUAUCAGCACCAGAUAUAUUGAAGAGACAUAUUAAAAGUGCUAAAAAGGUUAGAGCAAGAUUAAGGGAAGAACGGUUACACCGUAUCUCAAGGUACAGAAGUAGACUUCAGCUUUUGAUUCCACCACAAGUUGAACACUUAAAAAAUGACACCGCUGCUGGGAACUGACCUUACAAACUCGAGAGACAUCAAGGUUACCAGGGAUCUUCUUCCCAAGGACAUAGCUAGAGGAGGAAUUUACUCUUUUGAUCAUUUACUUGUUCCCCACGCUACGCCUCCUAAGGGUGUUUCUUUUAAUUCUACCUUUGAAUCUUUCUACUGAUAAGUCACAUGCCCCUACUGCUUUGUGUAGUUCCUUUUCUUGUAGUUCUCUAGAUUCCAAUGUACCAUUUGAUAGUUUUUUGUGUAAGACAUCGAACAUUUUUGCUUCUUUUGAUGAUUCUGUGAAUAGUUUGAAUCCUAUGAAUAACACACCCUUUAAUUCUGGAA